CGAAAGUUAAUUGGAAACAAAAAUAGAAACAACAACUUUCUCUAUUACAAUCUUUCUUCUUCUUUACCAUGCUCUCCUUAGGCUAUAGGCGUCCUAUCCAAUCGUUACUCGUCACGUUUCUUGCCUGGAAGACGCUACUUUUAGCUAUUGCUAUCGGGAAUAGUAUCGGCUCAGCUUAUGACACCUCAACCACACUGUUAUCCUCCGAGAUAGCUUCAUCCGACGAAUCCACCUUCGAUCUCGCUACAAAACUGACAAGAUGGGACUCUAUAUACUUCAUACAAGCAUCUCGUCGAGGUUAUCUAUAUGAGCAAGAAUGGGCAUUUGGUAGUGGACUACCAGCCGUCAUAUCUUUUUUCAUCCAAGCCCUUUCUAGUGUUGGCAUCCAAGCACAGGGCUCCCUCGAGCCAGCUGUUGGAAUCUUAGUGGCCCAUGCAUCCCACUUAUUAUCCGUGCUUGCCUUAUAUCAGCUUGGACUUGUCGUUUGCAAAGAUCAACGGCUCUCAUUCGUUGCAGCCCUUCUGCAUAUCCUAUCCCCAGCCGGUCUCUUCUUGUCCGCCCCUUAUGCGGAGAGCACCUUUGCCUUCCUAUCUUUCACCGGGUAUCUCUUUCUUGCGAAGGGCCUGCUAGGGCCGAAGCAAACGUUUGCCCAUGAUGUAAGCUUGGUUGCUUCUGGUAUGUGGUUUGGCUUUGCUGCCACCUUCCGUAGCAAUGGCCUAUUCAAUGGAAUUCCGUUCGCCAUCGCGCUGGCCCAGGAGCUCACUACACCACCGACCUUUACAAGCAUACGGCGACGCUGUGCUCUGUUAGUCGGAGGUCUAGCGAUCGCGAUCGGCUUUAUAGCACCGCAACUAAGUGCCUACCAAACAUUUUGCUUCAUCCAACCGUCCAGGCCCUGGUGCACGAGUGGCUUACGCAGCAUAUAUUCAUUCGUCCAAGAACGAUACUGGAACGUUGGCUUUCUCCGUUACUGGACUCCAUCAAAUAUACCACUUUUCCUACUCGCUACACCGAUGAUUUGUUUUCUCGCCAAAUCAGGGCUAGAAUGCAUGAAGUUGCCUCUCAAGGUUGUAGCUGAGAAAUCUGACCCAGCUGAUCCAACUCAUCUAUCUCUACUAAUUCGGUCAAUGGCCUUAGCCCAGGUCGUCUUAGCUGUUUUAGCGAUUACAAAUUAUCAUAUCCAAAUUAUCACAAGAAUAUCAUCGGGGUAUCCCCUUUGGUAUUGGUGGCUGGCAAAAAUUCUCACAGACCAGAAGAACUCAACAUUUGGAAAUACUGUUGUAAGGUUCAUGGUUAUGUAUGCCGUUAUUCAAGGGGCUCUUUUUGCGUCCUUCCUUCCACCGGCUUGAUCUUAUACUGUUAUAAAUAAUAGUAAAUUAUUCCUCGAUACACCGCUAUAGCAUUACAUCCCAAAAUCAUCAAUUCUCCAUAGAAAUAGUUCAGAGUACUCUCUAUAUACCUAGCACCCACUCCUCCAUACAGCCAUUUGAUAAUAGAAUAGUUCCUCGUUGUUUAUACAUACCUAGUACAUACC